AUGCGGGCACAUCAGAAAGUUCAAGAUAAUGACAUUCUACCCCUCUCAAACAUAGUACCUGAAGAUGUGGGAAAAGCUGACCAAUUAAAAGAUGAAGGCAAUAAUCACAUGAAAGAAGAAAAUUAUGCUGCUGCAGUGGAUUGCUAUACCCAGGCAUUAGAACUGGAUCCAAAUAAUGCGGUGUAUUAUUGCAACAGGGCUGCUGCUCAGAGUAAAUUAGGUCACUACACAGAUGCAAUAAAGGAUUGUGAAAAAGCAAUAGCCAUUGAUUCCAAGUACAGCAAGGCUUAUGGGAGAAUGGGGCUGGCUCUUACUGCCAUGAACAAAUUUGAAGACGCAGUUACAAGUUAUCAAAAGGCAUUGGAUCUUGACCCUGAAAAUGAUUCCUACAAGUCAAAUCUGAAAAUCGCAGAGCAGAAGUUACGAGAGGUAUCCAGUCCUACAGGAACUGGAUUGAGCUUUGACAUGGCCAGCUUGAUAAAUAACCCAGCCUUCAUUAGUAUGGCAGCAAGUUUAAUGCAGAAUCCUCAAGUUCAACAACUAAUGUCAGGGAUGAUGACAAAUGCCAUUGGGGGACCUGCUGCUGGAGUCGGGGGCCUAACUGACUUGUCUAGCCUCAUCCAAGCGGGCCAGCAGUUUGCUCAGCAGAUACAGCAACAGAAUCCGGAACUCAUCGAGCAGCUGAGAAACCACGUCCGGAGCAGAUCAUUCAGCAGCAGCACUGAAGAGCAUUCCUGAUUGGACCAGGAAUGCUAAUGAUCGCUGACUCUGAAAUCUUCACUGUAGACAGUGGCCACAAACAGCACCAUAUCCGAUGUCUGAACACAGUGCAGGGAAAACUCUCCUGUCUGUUCGUAAAGAAUAAAUCUGUUUAGACAAUAGGUUUAUCAGACUUGAACAUAACACGACUCCUUCGGAAGGCUUGUUAACUGGAGUGCCAAUAUAGCACUAGACAAGGCUCCAUUUUCAAACCUUUGUUACCAUAUUUGUAUAUUAGAUUUAACAAGCAGAGUAUAUUUAUUGGACAGUGGGGCUGUUUACUGGUGAGUUUUCUAGCUCCAAAUUCAUACUUUUGUGAGAGGGGAGAUAAGAGGAAAUGUUUCCCAAGCUGAUCUA